AUGCUGGAGCUGCAUAUGUCCACGCCAGGAGCAGCAGUAGCCGGCGAGAGCUCCGCGGCAGCUGCAGGGGUGGCUGCUCCAAGGGCGGCAGUUGUAGGGGCGGCUGCUCCAGGGGCGGCUGCUCCAGGGGCGGCUGCUGCAGGGGCAGGUGCUCCAGGGGCGGCUGCUGGAGUGGCGGCUGCUCUAGGGGCGGCUGCUGCAGUGGCGGCUGCUCCAGGGGCGGCUGCUUCAGUGGCGGCUGCUCCAGGGGCGGCUGCUGCAGUGGCGGCUGCUGCAGGGGCGGGUGCUCCUGCGGAGAUAACUACUACAACGGGAGCUUAG